AUGAAAUGGCGACUUCAAUCAGUUUCAAUCUUGCUUACUGGCUUUGGUGUAUUGACCAGAUUGGAUUUCACUUUUGGGCCUGAGUUUUUGCUGAAGUUGUAUCUAGCUGGAGCUAUUGGUGGCUCAGUCUUUUACUUGGUGCACCAUGCCUUCCUGGCUGCAUCAUUGAAGAAUCAACCAUUUGGGAUUAUGGACGCUUCUAAGGCCCUAAUAUUGGGGGCAAGCGGUGCUGUUAAUGGCAUCAUGUUGCUUGAUAUAUUCCUUCACCCCACAGCUACCCUCUACUUUGAUUUUAUCAUACCAGUUCCUGCCAUGCUGCUGGGAAUCUUUCUAAUUGGAAAGGAUAUCUUAAGAAUAAUGGAGGGAAACAGUCAGAUCUCAGGAUCUGCACACUGGGGUGGUGCGGCAGCAGCAGCCAUAGCCUGGGCAAGACUUCGAAAGGGGCGUGGUUUAUUCUAGAUGAGUCUGCAGAUUACUUAGCCAGCAUUUUGUAGAUGUUAUGUGUAGGAGAUACAUGAAGGAGAUUAUAAAUGAUGACACGUUUUCGUUUCCGACUAAGGUAUAUGCAUUAUAGUUGAUAUAAACUUUUGUUUAAUUAUAAAUAGCGCGUUUACCUGAUGAUUAUGACUUACAUUAUGAAAUACAUUCCUAGUGGGCAACAAAGACUCGGAAAGGAUACACCCAACAGCAACUUGACAAGGUGCGCAUUGAGGUGGCUGACUAUUUGCAGACUUUGCUAUAGAUGAUGACUAGCAAAGUGAUUUUCAGUAAGGCUAGCUAGAUUUUUUGCGAACAAAACUACAUGUACACUUAUUGCAAUGGUAUGUUUUAGGCUAGCCUUGAAGUAGGUUGGGGUCUUUUUGCCCAUUUUUUG